AAUCAUUCAGACAUGCAGCUCACAUAUGUUCACGGAUUGGCAAUUUUAAGCCUUUUCUGUUUGACAAUUGCUAAACGAAAAUGCAAAAGACCAAGAGAAGGUGACCAAAGUUCCGGACACAGAGCCAUUCAAGCUGACAUUGGGAAACUAAAGGAUGCAGUGGAACUCUUGAUCAAAAGUCAUGUUGCCAUGACAACAGAUCUGAAGCAUGAUUCAACAAGUAUACACGAUGAGGUAUCAAAUCUUAGGAAUGAUGUGUCUAAUAUGAAAGCUAGUUUGACUGAUUUACGAGACGGUGAUUCCGCUACUAAUUUCGCAAGUAUAAGAUAUGUAAUGACAAGAGAUGAUGUCGCAAACCUAAUGAAUAUUUUGUCCGAUCUGCGAGAUAAUGACUCUGUGACUGUGACUGAACUGAAACAUAAGUUGAGAGAACACUUAACUGGCAUUGCUGUAAAAGAAGAUAAUAACACGAAGACCGUUGUAACAGAUAACUCAGAAGUUUGUAACAAGUCAUCUGCAAUGUUUCAAGCAAUUCAAGAUCAGCUGACAGAUUGCAAAUAUAAUCGUCCAGAAUCUGAUAACCAUGUCAGCAGUGUUUAUGAAGAUCCAAUUAUGGACGAUCCUCUUCCUGGUUCGGAAGAUUGGACUCACUACUCUGAUGGUGUUCAUAACAUAACGACCAGGACUGGCACACGAUUUCGUGCAAGAUGCGAAGCUGGUUGGCUCAUCAUUGUAUACAGAUUUAACGGAAGUGUAGACUUCAAUCUCGAUUGGGGCUCUUACAAACAUGGCUUUGGCAAUAUCUUUGGAGAACACUUUCUAGGGAUGGAGAAUAUUGUGUCUGUGUUGCAACAAAAGAGAUACAAGGCGAGGUUUGAGCUCACGUCAUGGGAAAAUGAGACAAAAUACGCCGAAUACAAGGACUUCGAUCUAAAUGAUGAGAAAAGCAAUUACAGGUUAGAUAUUGAUGGCUAUAGUGGCACAGCUGGUGAUUCAAUGCAUACUCCAAGUCAAAAGCAAUUCAUCACGAAAGAUUCUCAUGACCGAACCGGUUCUAGAUGUGCUGCGAGUUAUGGACCUUUUUGGUACGGAUGUAGUUGUAAUGCACGUGCUUCUCUAUUCGGUAAACAUGCACCAGGUCCCAAAUGUACAUUUGCAUAUGGAUGUAUAAGUUGGACACAUUGGCCUGACAAACUCUCUGGAGUUACAAGCAAUGGCUUUUAUUCUUUUAAAGAAGUAAAGCUCAAAAUUCGGCCUGGAUAA